GUAAUGGUAGCAUUUUCCCUCACCAUAUGUGACAGACGACCUGUAGUAACCCCGCAUUGCUGCAUCCAUUCGCCAAUUUGCUUGGGAUGGACACCGACUUCCAAUCCCUCAAGUCACCGCGAGCGUCAGACCUCCAGGAGGACGACGUACCAUGGAGCGAAAGGCCGCACCCAUUGGAGUCAGUCAGCUGGCUGAGCUACAUCACGGUCUGGUGGAUGGACGCGCUCAUUCGAAAGGGUGCUCAGGCUCCGCUCACCGAGCAGGACGUGUGGCCGUUGGCCAAAGCUGACACGGUGGACUCGGUGUAUCCUCUCGUGACAGCCAAGUGGGACCCUGCACUCAAACCCAGGCUCGUGGUGGUGUUGUGGCAGGCUUUCCGCUACCGCAUCGUCAUGUCGUUCUUGCUGUUUUCGCUCUAUGCGGUGCUGAGUCUUCUCCAGCCCAUCGCCGUCAAGUCCAUGAUGCAGUACCUUGAACAAGAAGACGUAACAGCGACUGCUCUGGGCCUCACCAACGGCUACGCGCUGGCGUUUGUGCUCUUCGUGGUGUCUAUGACAUCGGCUUGCAUCAUGGAUUUCGCUGGGUAUUACGCGGCCCAUAUUGGGAUCAACCUGAAGUCCGCCGUGGCCAACAUGGUGUACGUAAAGACAUUGUCGUUGUCAGGGCUAGCCAAGGCCAAGUUUUCGUCUGGAGAAGUAGUUACCAUGACGUCGGUGGACUUGGAGCGCAUUACGAUGGGGUUUAGCUUGGGCCACUGGACUUUUAUCAGUCCUGCGAUGCUACUGGUGAUUUUCAUCAUGCUGGCCUUUGAACUGGGGCCAUUGGCAGCGUUCAUCGGUGGACUGGCUAUGGCUGGUUUCAUUUACUUUGGCAUCACAUCAGGCCAACGCGUUGGCCACCUCCGUCAGGAUAUUCUGGCAGUGCAGGCCCAGCGCGUGAAGCUCACGAACGAAGUGCUCCAAGGCAUCCGCGUGGUCAAGCUGUACGCGUGGGAAGGGUCGAUUCAAGACCAACUGAAAGACAUCCGCCUACGAGAGAUCUCUUGCUUAACCAAGUAUCACAACCUCCGCAUUAUCAACAACGUGCUGCUAAUGGUCGCGCCCGUGGUGUCCCUUGCCUGCUGCCUUAUGGUAUUCGUGGGCCAGGGACGCCCCUUAACCAUGCCCGUGGCGUUCACCGCGUUGGCCUACAUGAACAUCACGCGCCAGCCGUGCGGAGUGUUUUCCACGUCUGUGAUAGGGUUCACCGAAGCGCUGGCCUCUUGCCGCCGUCUCUCAGACUUUUUUAAUGCCGAAGAGUUGGCCCCAGACUUGGACACGACACAUGAAGCAGCCACCGUAGAGCUGUCCCAUGCCGACUUUAGCUGGACGAACGACGCCAUGGCGCCAACGUUGAAGGACAUUUCUCUGCAGUUGGAACCUGGGACGUUGACCAUGGUCGUGGGGGCCGUGGGCAGCGGCAAGUCGAGUCUCGUCAGUGCCAUCCUGGGCGACGUCCACGUCACGAGCGGCAGCCGCCAUGUCCGCGCUCGGUUCUCAUACGUGAACCAGGAGUCUUGGAUCCAGCACGCCACGGUCAAAGACAACAUUGUGUUUGUGUCCGACUUGUACGAUCUCGACUUGUACGACCGAGUGAUACGCGCGUGCCAAUUGAGCCCGGAUCUGGCCAUGCUGCCCAAAGGCGACUUGACUGAGAUUGGCGAGCGAGGUAUCAACCUGAGCGGAGGGCAGAAGGCGCGCAUCAGCCUGGCUCGGGCCAUGUACCAGACAAACGCCGAUGUAUUUUUGCUCGACGAUCCGCUGAGUGCGCUCGAUGUGCACGUGGCCAACGCCGUCUUCUCCGAGUGCAUGCUGGGCCUUCUGCGUGGAAAGACGUCGCUGCUUGUGCUCACGAGCCACUACCACUUGCUCCCCCACGCCCAUCGCAUCAUUGUCAUGGCGGACGGGGCGAUUGUGGGCGACGGGUCGUAUGAGCAACUCAAGACCGAGUUUCCUCACUUGAUGAACCUAACAACCCAAUCCGACGGGAUGGCCACCACAUUCCAAGACGAUCAGGGUGCAAAGGAUGAGCAUGUCAAGAUGGAAGUUUCGAAACAAGUUGCUCCACAACUAAGUCAAGACAAGGACAGUCUUGUGGUCAAGGAAGACAACGUCAAGGGCAAAGUGACUUUGCAAACGUACAAGUCGUACCUUGGGGCUAGUGGCUACAAUGGGUACUUGGUCGGGUUUGUCAUGACGGUGUUGUUUACGAUUUCACAAGUGACGUUAUCGAUCACGGAUUGGUUUAUGAGUGUGUGGGCUCGGAACGGCCCGUUGAGUCUAGCGUAUGGGUGGGGGUACGUGGCACUCACUGGGGCGUCCGUGGUGAUGGUCUACGGCCGUUCCAUCUUCACACUGAUCACAGCCAUGUUGUGCUCCAAGAACUUCCACUCCAAAGUCCUGCGCAACGUCCUCCGCGCCCCCGUCCCCACGUUCUUCGACGUCACGCCCGUGGGUCGCAUCCUCAAUCGAUUUUCGUCUGACUUGGAUCAAAUCGACUCGAAUUUGCCGCAUUUUGGCUUGUGUGUGUGGCAGUUUGGGUUCAGCAUCCUGUCUGUGCUGGUGGUUUGCGCAGCGACGACCCCGUGGGUGCUCGUCAUGUACGUGCCUGUGGGGUAUGUGUAUUUUGCCGCCCAAACCGCUUACAACAAGGCGGCCAAUGAGAUCAAACGGUUGGAUGGCGUGACGAAAUCGCCGCUGAUUUCCCUUGUGAGCGAGACCUACCAGGGCCUGAGCACGAUCCGAGCGUUUGCAAAAUCACCGAGUUUUGCACACAAACAGCGCGAAGCUAUUGACUUCAACGUGCGGUUCUACUUUGCCUUCUUCUUGGGCGCGCGGUGGUUUCAGAUGCGGCUCGACUUUCUCGGGUCGCUUAUCGUCGGCACAUGUGCCGUCGUGACUGUUCUCACCAAGUCAUCCGUGGGACUGGCGGCGGCGGGGCUGUCCCUGACAUACUCGACGCAGCUGUCGGUGCUUCUGUCCCGAGUAGCCAUCUUUUCUGCCUGGUUGGACAACUCGAUGACCUCCGUGGAAAGAUUGAACCAUUACAACCAGUUGGAGAGCGAACAUGCGGAGGACGAAGGGGCUGACGUACAUGAUUGGCCGUCGCAAGGCGCGAUUGCAUUCGAGUCGUAUUCGAUGCGAUACCGAGACCAGUUGGAUUUGGUCUUGACCAACAUUUCGAUCAACGUUGAGCCAGGCCACCAAGUGGGCAUAUGUGGCCGGACAGGGUCGGGCAAGAGUUCGUUAAUGGCAGCUUUGUUUCGCAUGGUGCCAGCGUCGUGUGGGCGCAUCACGAUUGAUGGGGUGGACAUUGCCAGUGUGAGCGUGACCAGUCUCCGCCAAGGUCUGACCAUCAUUCCGCAAGACCCGGUGCUGUUCAGUGGGUCCAUUCGACUCAAUUUGGACCCGACCAAUUGCGCCACGGACGCCGAGCUGUGGACGGCCCUCAAGCAGGUGCAUUUGAGUGGAGCAGUCAUUCCGACCUUGGAGUUUGCCAUUUGCGAGCGCGGGUCGAAUCUGUCGGUGGGGCAGCGGCAGUUGGUGUGCAUAGCUCGGGCGUUGCUGCGGCGGUCUAAGGUGGUCGUGCUGGACGAAGCUACGGCCAACAUUGACCCAGAGUCGGACCGGCUCAUCCAGGCCACGAUGCGCGAGUGCUUUGAGAACGUCACGAGACUCAUCAUCGCCCACCGCCUCGACACGAUCCUCGACUCGGAUCGCAUUCUCGUCUUGGACGCGGGCGUGGCCGUCGAGUACGACGCGCCGUCCACACUCCUCGCCAACAAGCACAGCGCGUUCGCCCAACUGGCCCAACAUGCACAUGUGGAUUUGGACAAGUUUAAGUAA